AUGGUGUGGCACGAGGUGGCGGUGGGCACAAGCAUCAGUGGGCUGGCGGCCACCAAGUGCUGCGUGGAAGAGGGGUUGGAGCCCACCUGCUUCGAGCAGAGCAAGAACAUCAGAGGGCUAUGGUCCUACAUGGACCAGGCAGACGAAGGCAGAGCCAGCAUCUACCACACUGUCUUCACCAACUCCUGCAGAGAGAUGAUGUGUUACUCUGACUUCCCCUUCCCUGAUCACCACCUCAACUACAUGCACAAUGCCAGGUUCCAGCACUACAUCUCCAAGUAUGCUGAGCACUUCGACCUGCUCCGGUACAUACAGUUCAAGACCCUGGUCACCAAGGCUAAAAAACAUGCAGACUUUUCUGUGACAAGGCAAUGGGAGGUGGUGACCCAGAGAGAUGGGAAGGAAGAGACAGCGGGUUUUGAUGCUGUUAUGGUUUGCUCUGGGCAUCACAUCUACCCAAACCUCCCCCUCGCCGACUUCCCAGGAAUACAGAAGUUUAAAGGCUGCUACUUCCACAGAUGAGAGUAUAAGGAGCUGGAGAAGUUCAGAGGGAAGAAGGUGCUGGUGAUAGGCUUGGGCACCUCCAGCUGUGACGUUGCCAUGGAGCUCAGUACUGUGGCAUCGCAGGUCUAUCUGAGCUCCUGAAGAGGGUCCUGGGUGAUGAGCCGCAUUUGGGAUAAUGGCUACCCCUGGGACAUGCUGGUCAUCACUUGUUUCCAGACCUGGCUGGGGAACUUCCUCCCCAGGGCGCUCAGCGACUGGCUGUAUGUGAGAGUGAACCAUGAACUGGUUCUUCAAACACGAGAACUUUUCAUGCCACUGAACAGAACUUCAUGCAAGGAGCCGGUGUUCAAUGACAACCUCCAGAGCCGCAUUGCCUGUGGUGUGGUGGUGAUAAAGCCAAAUGCGAAGGAGUUCAGAGAGGCAUCCAUUUUGUUCCAAGAUGGGAUUGCGCAGGAUGAUGUCAAUAUGGUCGUCUUCGUCACUGGUUACAGUUACUCCUACCCUUUUGUGGAGGAUGAUUCCAUCAUCAAAAGCAGGGACAAUCAGGUCACCCUCUACAAAGGCAUCCUCCCUCCUCAGCUCAAGAAGCCAAUCGUGAAAGUCAUUGGGCUGGUCCAGUCCCUUGGACCCAUCACCCCAACAGCAGACCUCCAGUGCCGCUGGGCAGGCAAGGUGUUUCAGGGACGGUGCAUGCUCCCCCCAGUCAGUGAGAUGAUGGAUGACACUGAUGAGAAGAUGGAGAAGAAGCUCAAGUGGUACGGGAACAGCACCACGCUGCAGACUUAUAUCAGCUACAUGGAUGAGCUGGGCUCGGCCAUUGACAUGAAGCCCAACAUACUGAAGCUCCUGCUGAUGGACGUGUGGCUGGCCCUGGAGGUCGUCUUUGGCCCCUGCAGCCCCUACCAGUUUCGGCUGAUGGGCCUGGGGAAGUGGAGCUCAGUCCCACCCAUUGUCGGAGAUUCUGGCAAAAUCCCACCCGAUAUUGAGAAGUUCAAGGGCCAAUAUUUCCACAAGACCCCUGAGGGAUGCAAAGGGAAGACCAUUUUAGCAUUUGGCCUGGGGAAUUUGGGGUUGGACAUGGUGGUGGGGCUCUCCCCAGAGGCCAAGGAGAAGGUGGACCCCUCCAGAGCAGAGGGAAUGGCCCCUCCCAGGCGCCCUGCAACAGUCUGCCUGUCCAGCCCAGACCUCCCCAGCGGGGCAGCUUUGGGAGACAGACGCAAAAACAUCCCUAAAGCCAAGGUGUGCUACACCCGCAGCCCCUCCACCAGCCUUGGUGGCCACGUCAAAGUCAGCAGCGUCUUCUCCAGGGAUGGGGGACAGGACCACAGUCAGUGA